UAAGGAUCACAAAACUCCGGCUGUGGCUGCCUCGCGCCUUAUAAGGCGCUCUUUUCUCAGCGGGGAAGAACCCUUUAGCAGCAUUACAGCACAAAACAGCUGGAGGACACACCUCGUAUAGUGAAAUGGGACAGGAUAGGGGUGCGUUUGCUUGUUGGGGAAAAGGGUGUUUUAGUGUAGAGGUGCAAGGGAGCUGCUAGUUUGAGCCCGAUGGCAGCUGACACAGGAAGGAAAGGCUUUCACAACACAAGAGACACAUGCACACAUACGCACACACUCCUCCCUUAGAGGGUAGUCCCAGAACUUCAAAGGGAGGCAGACAGAGCUGUCUGAUGUGCAGGAGUCUUCACAGAGGCUGGUCAGCAUGCACUUUGACCUCAGGCUCUGAGGAAGAGGAGGGAUGAGGAAGCACUUCAGCACUAUUCCACUCAUCCAUGUGACGGAGGCGGAGCGCAGCGGCUGUGAUGGCAAUAUCCUCAGCAUCCCGGUGCCAAUGCGUCGUGGCGGCUCAGAGUCAAACUUGGAUGUGGUGGAUAGUGCCCGGGAGGGCGGCGUGGGUCUGGACUUCAGCAAGGGACCACUGGGCAUCGACAGCCUGCAGCAGAAGAUCCUCAAGGUGACGGAGCAGAUCAAGGUGGAGCAGACUGCUCGCGACCAGAACGUUGCUGAAUAUCUGAAGCUGGUGAACAAUGCCGACAAGCAGCAGGUGGCACGAAUCCGUCAGGUGUUUGAGAAGAAGAAUCAGAAAUCAGCGCACUCCAUCGCCCGACUGCAGAGGAAACUGGAGCAGUACCACCGCCGCAUGAAGGACAGCGAAAGCAACGGCAAGCAAAGCCACAAAGACAGCGGCAGCUCCAAGGAGUCUGGGACUCAAAGCAAGGAGGGCAGCCUGCGGGACGUCAGCACCACGGGACGGCACCCGGCUCUGGACAAGGUGAAGACCAUCGGGCCUGGAGUGUCGCUCUCACCACCUUUCUUCUUCAACAAGUCGCGGGAGUUUGCCAACCUCAUCAGGAACAAGUUUGGCAGCGCCGACAACAUCGCCCACCUCAAGAGCUCCAUGGAGACAGGGGCGGGGCUCCAGGUAGAGGGUGGGGCCAGAGCUCUAAGCGGCAGUGCCAACACUGUAGCCAAGACAACCAAGUACCCGAGCGACGAUGAGUGCUCCACUGGGACAUCUGGAUCGGCCGACUCUAAUGGGAACCCGGCAGGAGGAUCAGGUGUGGAGUCCGGGGGUCCUGGGAGAUCGGACUCCCAGGGUCGUCUGGGCGAAGUGCUGGAGGUGGUCAGGGAGAUCAGGGAGGCCCAGGCACAGCUGGCAGAGGACAUGGAGACUCUGAAAACACAGUUCCAAAGAGACUAUGGUUACUUCACACAGACACUGCAGGAGGAGAGAUACAGGUAUGAGCGGUUGGAGGACCAGUUAAAUGACCUGACGGAGCUGCACCAGCAUGAGACCAGUAAUCUGAAACAAGAACUGGCCAGCAUUGAGGAAAAGGUGGCCUACCAGGCCUACGAGAGGGCCAGGGAUAUCCAGGAGGCACUGGAGUCGUGUCAGACCCGAGUGUCCAAGCUGGAGCUCCAGCAGCAGCAGCAGCAGACGGUCCAGCUGGAAAACACAGAUGCCAAGGUGCUUCUCGGCAAAUGCAUCAACAUCAUGCUGGCUAUUGUCACGGUGAUCCUGGUGUGCGUUUCCACGGCAGCCAAGUUCACCGCCCCGCUGCUACGCAGCCGCCUCCACCUGGCGCUCACCUGCGUGGGUGUGUCGGUGCUGGCGUUGCUGUGGAAGAACUGGGAACAUUUACAGUGCGCAUUAGAGCGCCUGCUGCUCCCACACUGAGUUGGACUUGCCGCAACAAAUAUGAACGAGACCGCCAACCUUUGGCCAAACCUGGGUCAGGAUCUGGAGGAAGUGUGUUGUCAUGGAGACACAGGAAAUGGGGCGGAGUUUACAUGUAGCCUUAUACCAGCCCUCAUUCCCCACUUCCUAUGAUCAGUGUCACCCUCGUGGCCCCACAGUGACUUUAGUUAUGGUUCUGUGUUUUGCAUGUUUCGGUGGAGUCGACACAGAACCACAUGUGGUCUUUCCCAAAAUCCACUACCAGAGGAUUUGAGCAGGCAACAUAAAGCACAUGCCUGUCUAAGGAUAGAAAGCAGUCGAUCAAUUAAACAACUGAACAUAGGUUUGACAUCCGUGACAUGGGAAAAGUGCAAGUAUGAACAUGGCACAACACUGCCACACCAGUGUACCACUACAGUUGGAACUGCUGCACCAAUGGCAGAUAAGUCAGCUGGAUGACCUGACUUAUCACUCAGAUGAGCGCCGCACAGAUGCCAAGCAUGUUUCCUGCUUUUGGAUUAGCCUCGCUCUCAUCUGGCUGUUCCCACAAUAAAACACAUCACAGUCUAAAUACAGCAUGGUCUUUUUUCAGUCCUGUCCUUAAAGGGAAGUAUAUCUGUUAAGCACCCUCAGCGAACCCGUUCCUCCAAACACACACGUGUCACAGUCUUGAAACCACACACACAUCCUCAGUGCGCCUCCCUCUACACCAGCCAGCUGUGACAUUCACGCACAAACACACAUCCACAAGAAGGCUGAUUUAUUUGCGCUGUGUGCCACUGUCCUUUACUAUUAUGUAUUUAUGGGAUGUUUUUGUUGUCAGUGUCUCCUUCAAAGGGGAAAUUUGAAGUGUAAGCCUAUUAUACACAUCAUUUGGCACGGUAUGCUUGUGUGUGUGUGCCUGUCUCAGUGGUUAAGCUGUGUCUCCCUGACUGUGUGUCUAUAUUUUCUUAAGGGAAAUUUCAUAAACUGCCACUUGUUAUGUUAUUAGACGCUUGUUUUCACAGAAUUUCAGUAAAAGCUCCCUCUCAAGAGCUUUUUGAGACAAAAUGUGGUCUGUGAGUCAAUACGUUGUACUGUAUCCCAAAGACUGCUUCAUUAGCAUCUGGCUGGCUAACCCCGAUAAUGUCUCUGAUUGCGAAGAGCAAAUGUUAACUUCUGAGGAGAGCAGAAACCCACCUGUGAUUGAUUCCCCCUCGCUGAUUGAUUCGGGUCAAAGCUGAGUGGGAGUGCUGAUUUUUACCAGUUAAAAGAAAAAUGACUUUGUUGAAUUGCCUUUUUAUGACAUGAACAAAACAAAGAACUUUUGUGUGAAGCCUUUGAUGUUGCGCUGCAUUCAGUGUCACAUGUGAAUAAAGGCGGGCAGGUCUUGACAGUUCAAAGUGCAGGCUUGGAAGUGUUUGCUGCUUGCGAGUAAUGUUUUCUGUAGGAUUUACCUGCUUGUGAUGAUUAUUCACACUGAACACACACCUGCUUAGCGAGUGACUGGUUUGAGUUGAUUUAGGUCUUAAGGAAACCAAACUUCUAAAUGUCAACCACAACCCAAAAGAUCCAGUUACAGCUGUUUCCUGCCAGGGUAUUUUAAGAGUUAUGAAUGUGACCCACAUUUAAAAAAAAUGUUCCGUAUUUGUUGUUUUACUUGAAAUGAGUAUGUUUGUUCCCGAAACAAAAACGCAGACAUUUUUAUUUAUAAAUCAGAAAAAAAUCCCAAGUUUCCAAGUAAUAUUUGCCACUUAAAAGCUGGCAUGAAUGGUAUUUUCAAGUUCGAAGCUCAUCUUUCCCAUGUGACAUUAAUGCAGCGUCUGUUACAGGACAGAACUGAACAAUGUAGCUCCACACUCCCUAUCCUUUAUCACUGUGAUGAUGAGGGGGAUGAUAUAGGCUUGAUGCCUUUUUCAGUGCAGCUUAUUGAACUGUACUUUGAUUUCUGUGUUUCUGUCUCCAAAAAGCCAAAAUAUGGAGAGAUCUCUGUUUUUCUGUGGAUGUUUGUGGCUUUUGGGGCACCUUAGCCUUUCAGUGUAAUAACCUAAAAGACUAGAGUUUCUUUCUUUCUUUCUUUCUUUCUUUCUUUCUUUCUUUCUUUCUGCCAUCAGUCUUUGAUAUGUUGCCACUAGAAAUCGUUCCAGACACUAUUUCCUGUCUCCUUUUUAGGGAGAAAGGUGCACCUGUCUCCAAAGCUGUUCACUGUAAUUCCAUUUUGCGUGUUUUAAAUAUUUCUGUGUGCACUUGGAAUACAUACUUGUGCAUUGAUUUAUCUUGUUAUGUAUUAUUUUUUCCAUGACACCAUUUUAUUUUCAAAAGAGAAAAUAAAUCCUUUUUUUUUUUUUU